AAACUUUUAGCUCAGCGUGGUUAUUGUUGCUGCCGCUGCUGUUGGCAUUGUCAUUGUCGGAUUAUACAAAAGUGUACACAAUAAUAAAAGGAAGAAGAAAGAAAGAAAAGAAAGGAAUUUAGAAAAAACGUAGCGAGGCAUAAGAAAUUGUUUGCCAAGCUAACGCACUGCGACAACAUGUUGCACAAUAAUGCCAACUGGCUGCCACCGCCUCAGCAGCAACAGCAAUUGCAGCAGCAACAGCAAUUGCAACAGCAACAGCAACUGCAACAGCAGCAGCAGCAGGCACCUUCGCUACAUCACGCUCAAGUUCCGGCCGCAACGCAACCGUCGCAGCCGCAGCUAUAUGCCAGCCAAAUGUUUCAGCAGCCUCAGGCGCAACCGGCUCAACAAGCAUAUUGGCCAAUGGAACAGCCGGGCCUCAGCUAUCACGACUUUGCCAGCGCAGCGCCGCCGCCGAGUUAUGCGCCUCCCGCGUCGCUGUCCUAUGCGCCGGCUAUGUCUGCGCAGCAAUUUUAUCAGCCAGCGCCAGGGCAAGUGGAGCCACAGGCACAGCUGCCGGCUGUCGAGUUGGUGGACAAUAAUAACAGUGGCAAAAACGAUGGCUGGGGUGAUUGGGGCGAUUGGAAUGAUGGCGGCAACAACAACAACAGCAACAACAACGGCGGCAACAUCAUGAACCACAGCGAGGCGCCGCCGCUAGCCAACGUUGUUGAGGAUUCCUUCAAUGUGCAGGGCCAAAGCAGCUGGCACGCGUUUAGCAACAACAGCAACAACAGGAGCACCAACAUCAUAAGCAGCAGCAGCAACAACAACAACAAUAACAAUAAUCCUGAAGCCGGCAAAUCGCUGGAACUGCCGCCCUUGCUGUCGCCCGCCACGGAGCAGUUGUCGCCAGCGUCCGAGCCGGAACUGAAUGCUAUUGUGCCGCCGCAGGCUUUUCAAAAUCAGCCACCACCACCAGCAGCAGCAGCAGCAGCUCCUCCUCCAGCGGCAGUUACACUACCACCAGCAGCAGCACAGGCAGCUCCUCCUCCAGCAGCAGCAGCACUUCCCCCACCACUAGCAGUUGCUCCGGCACCGGCUCCCGUUCUGCUGCCGCCCGCAAUGGAGACUGCAGCUGGGAAUCCCUUCAAGCGCGCUGGAGGACUCAGCAAGCGCGUUAAUAUUUUGGCUACGCCAGGCACAGGAGCAGCAGCGGCAGCAGCAGCACCGGCGCCAAGUGUGCCCGCCGUGGCUGCCGUAGCGCCUGUCCAGAUGUUGCUGCCCGAACCCAAUCCGGAACAGCAGCCGUAUGAGAAUCAGGAGGUAUUGCUGGCGGCGCCAAAUGAUGAGCGUGCUCAGUAUCUGCAGACGAGUCACCUGUCCGAGCAGCCCGAGGAGCUUAACGAGUCCAACUGGGAGGCUGAUGGACUGUUCCCGCCGCCGGGACUGUCACGUCUGGUGCUCGGCCAGCCGGAGCUGGUGGAGCAACAACGUCUGGUCACCGGCACCGAGCAGCCGCCCAGUCGUGUGGCCAAUGCGCUGCACAUGGCUGAGCGUCAGGCCGAUGGUGAGGACACCUCCGAGGGUGAGCAGCCGACGCGCAACGAUCUCUACCAGCAGCAACAGCUGCAGCUGCAGCAGCAGCAACAACAGCAGCAACAACAACAACAUCAGCAGCAGCAGCAGACGCCACCGCGUCGCGUAGUGACUGGCGUGGAGACCCAAGCGACUGUGGUGCUAUCUGGUGAACAGCGCGAGGUAGUCUUGGAUGGCGAGAAUCUGGAGGAUCAGCGGCCAACGAUGCCGCCGGCGCCGCUGUCAUUGCCAGCAGCAACGGCGACGGCAACGCACGCAGCCGGCGUGCCAACAGGAGCAGCUGCUGCCAUCGAUUUGGACAGCGAGUCACAUCAACAUCAACAACAACAACAACAUCAACAUCACAUAAGCAACGACGAGAACGAGGCAAACUCCUCCUCGCUGCCAACUCAACAACAGCUGCAGCAGCAGCAGCAAACGCCGCUGGAGAAGAAACAGGUGCGCGGCAAACCGCGUCCAGUUGCCUCGCUGGAUCUGGAGUCGGAGGAUGAGUCCGAGGACGAGUGGCUGCUGAGCGACAGGCAUGAGCCGCCGCGCCGCCAGCCGGACGAGCGCAGCAUGCGCAGUCUGCGCGGCAGCCGGCGCCACAACAACAGCAACAACAACUACGAGGGCGAAACGGAGGAUUCGGUGCGCGGCGGCGUCGCUGCCGGUGGCGUUGGCAGCGCUGCACACACUGGCCACAACGACAGCCACAGCAGCAGCAAAUCGACGCGCGACGUGAAGCGACGCAGUCGCGAUGCAGACAACCAGCGACGACAUGAACCGGAGCGCACGGGACGCGAGCGCAGCGACAGGGAGCGGGAACGCGAACGGGAACGUGAGCGUGAACGUGAAAGGGAGCGUGAGCGAGAUCGGGAACGCAAUCGCUGGCGACGCGACGACCAGCAAUACGGACGAUCCACGCGCUACAGCAACAACAACAGCAACUAUGAUGGCGAGUCGGAUGCAAUCGAGCUGGCGGCCGGUCAAGCGGCAGCCAGCGAUGGCGGCGGCGGCGGCGGAGGCGGACGCAAUAGCAAGGCCAGCCGGCAGAGACGCAGCGGUGCCGCUGACGAUGAUUACGAGGAUUAUGAACAGCAAUCGGCGCCACGUGGCGGCAGCCAUUAUCAUCGGCCACGUCGCGACAAGCAGCACGCGCAGUCGUCGCAUCAGCAAUCGCACGAAAAGCCGCGCAGCAGCCGGCGCAGUCACGAGGGCAGCGAACGGACGCGUUCCCAUCAUCCGGACUGGCAGCAGCACUGGGAUGCCCGGCAAUACGAGGGCUAUCGCAACAAGAGCUCGCGCAACAGUGACCUGGACAAGGAGCUGCUCAACGGAGCCGGCACCGCCGGCGGCGGCAGCAGCAGCGGCAAGCGUCGCAACUAUGAUCAAUAUGCGAAUGCUGCGGCCAGCUACGAUCCGUACGGCAUGUACGAGCAGAUGUCGCGCAAUCCGCACGCCUACGCGGACAUGUACGCCAAACUGUACGGCCAGAUGAUAAACUCAAUGACGGCGGCCGUGAACGCUGCGGCCGCAUCGAAAGCGGUGCCACAAUUGCAGGCGCAGGCCCAUCAAUUGGGCGCACCUGUUGCCGGCGUGGAUGAGGCAGCUCUGCUCAGGGAACGCGAAAGAGCUGCUGCUGCUGUUGGGCUUGGUGCUGUGGCAACAACAUUUGCCGGCAAUGUGGAUGCAACUGCGGCAACAACAACAACAACAACGGCUGUGGCACGCCCACCAAGACGUCGCACACCGUUGCUCUACAAUCGGCCACAUUUGGUGGCCUCAUACUCGAUGAGUCUGCUGCUGCGCGUCCGUCCCAAGUACGCGGGACGCGGUCGUCUGCGCAACGAUGUGGAGGUGUCGGCGCCACGCAUUAAGGAUGCCACCAGCAGCUUGCUGCGCGCCUAUCCUGGUCCGCUGCAGGGUCGCAAACUGCACAAGGACAAGAUCAUUAGCUUCUGCAAGGAGCAGAUACGCUUGGGUCCGGCACGCGCCUGCACCGUGCUCUAUGCCACACAGAAGAAGCCGCUCGGCAGCGUGGACAAGUAUCGUGCCUCGCAUACGCUCAUGUGGCAUCUGCUCAUCCUGCUGCUGCGACAGAAUGGGGUCAUUGCCGAUACGGAUGUGGGUGAUCUGUUGCUGGAGAAUCAGCGCGAAUAUCCCUAUGCACCAGACGCUGAGGCAGAUGCCGAUUCCGCGGAUGCACGUGUGCACACUGGCGAGUCCCUGAACGACUCGGAUGCGGAUGAGGCGGUAACAGCGGGCGGCGCGGCUGCUGCAGAGACUGAACCAGAUGCUGAUGCAGAAGCGCCCAUGUCGGAGCAGGCGGCAACCGAUCAGUUUCGCAGCUAUGUGCUGCGCGGCAAUGUCGAGGAGGCACUGCAAUGGGCCACCGAUCACAAUCUAUGGACGCAUGCGUUCUUCCUGGCUCUCUACGAGGAUCGCUAUGCCCUCACAGAUGUGGCGCAAAAGUUUCUCAAUCGCGCCAUCAAAGCGAACGAUCCGCUGCAAACGCUCUAUCAAAUGAAGAGCUGUCAUACGCCCGCCUGCGUCAGUCAGUUGCGCGACGAACAGUGGGGCGACUGGCGUUCCCAUCUCUCUAUAUUGGUGACCAACAAGUCACGCCAGCCGGAAUACGAUCGCAGCUCUGUUGUUGCACUGGGCGAUACUCUCUUUCAACGCGGCGACAUCUAUGCGGCACACUUUUGCUAUCUAGUCGCGCAGGAGGAGUUCGGACGCUAUGACAGCGCUGCCACGGAGCUGACCACGUUGACUGGCAAUGUGCCCAGAUUGAUCCUGCUGGGCGCCUCACACUACAAGCCAUUCAAUGAGUUUGCCAGCAACGAGGCGAUCAUCAUGACGGAAAUCUAUGAAUAUGCGCGUUCGCUGUUCGAUCAGAAGUUCAGCAUUGUCAACUUCCAGCACUACAAGUUCCUGCUGGCCACACGCAUCCUGGACUAUGGCCAACACUUCCGCUGCACCAACUAUCUGGAGCAGAUAGCCAAGCACAUUGAGCUCAAGCCGGACAGCUAUGAUGGUGAUUUUAUACAGCGCGUUUGCUGUCUGGCGGAACGUUUGCGCUAUCACGAUCCCAUACUGAUCAAUCGCGUAUCCUUCGCCAGUCCGCCAACCGCCACAAAUGGCGGCCAAGCGGCACCGCAAGGCGCCACCGAGGAAAAGGAAUGGCUGCGUCAGCUGCGCACGCUGGCCGAUCAGCCCCUGCAGGAUCAACAGUUGCAACAGCAACAGGAACAACAGCAACAACAGCAGCAGCAGCAACAGCAACAGAGCGACAUUGAUCAGCAAUUUGUGGAUUUGAGCAAGCAAAUGCGCGAGCUAAACAUGCAAUAUGAGGAUACCAUGCAGCGCGAGCUGGAGGCGCAGCAGGAGCACCAGCAGCAGCACCAGCAGCAGCAGCUGCAGCAGCAUCAGCAUCAGCAACAGCAAUUGCAACAGCAACAGCCGACGGAAUACUAUGAGCCGCCGCCGCCACAGCCACAAAUACAGGCGAGUCAUGAGCAAACGCUGAACAGCCAUAUCUAUGCGGCGCCAACAGACUACGUUGCCAAUGCGGCACAGCAACAGCAGCAGCAACAACUGUAUGAUCCCUCGCAGCAACUGCAGCCGGGCACAGUCUAUGGGCACAUUGAGCCCGCCAGCGAGGCCUAUGGCGCCCAACAACCAGCGACUGGCUACGACUAUUGGCCCGGCGGUGCACAACAGCCGUAUGGCGAUGAGCAGCAACAAAUGCGACCCACCAUUUCGAUGCCAAAAUCAAAGAGUUACGACGACGACGAUGGAGCCACUGCAACAGGUGGUGCUGCAUCCUCAGCUGGCCAUGCAACAUCCGGAAGCGCAGCCGCAACGGCGGGCAAGCAGCAACAGCAACAAUCCGGCGCCGGCGGUUUGCCCGGCGCGCCGGGCAAUCAGAAUGCCGGCUGGUUUGGCGGACUGUGGAACAAGUUUUCGCUGAAGCCGAAAAAUCAAAUGAUAUUACCGGAUGACAAGAAUCCGACAAUUGUUUGGGAUAAGGAGCGCAAAUGCUGGACCAAUACCGAGGGCAAUGCCGAUGAAACAGAAUCGUUUAAACCGCCGCCAAAGAUGAGCGAUAUGGGCCUGGGUAUGCCAGCAACGGCGGCGCCACCAGCACUCAAUACAUUGGGCACCGUGCCCACGCCAGUUGCCACGCCCAAUCUGUUGCCACAGCAACAAAGUGCGCACGAGCUGCCAAACAAUGUCAAUAAUGUCUACGAGAAUCAGCUGGAGUACGAUUAUACCAGCUAUGCGGCACCAGCAGCAUCGCCAGCGCCUGGUCUUGGCCCAGCGGGAACAGCAGCAGCAGCAGCAGCGGGUGCAACGCCGCCCGGCGGCGCACAGCCCAAACUUCAAUCGAACAUGUUCAAAAUUAAACGCAAUCGCACGCUGAAGAACUCCUAUGUUGAUGUCUUUAAUCCAUCGGGCGCGCCCAUGAGCUCAGCGCCACAGACUGUGCUGGCGCCCAUUAUGGCUCCGGUGGCCGUGCCGCAGGGCGGCUUCUUUGUGCCUGGCGCAGUGCCCACACAACAGCAGCAGCAGCAGCAGCAGCCCCAAUAGGAGUAGCGAAUCAUUUCGAGUAAUACGUAAACUUAACAUAUAACUACGUGGCGCGCACAACGACCGCAACAAUCAACAGCAACAGCAACAACACUCAAGCGAGCGGACAACGACAACGACAACUACAACAAUC